CUUGAACCAGGGGCCUUCUUGCUGUGAGGCAAGAGUGCUAACCACAGCGCCACCGUGCCACCAGCUUCAAAUGAUGAUAACUGGAUUAAGAAAACAAGUUGUUGCUUAACAGAAAGUGAAAAAAGUGAAUAAUGAUUCAAAAAUUGUCAGUUUGAUCAUGCUUAGAGUAUAGGCUUACAGUGUAUUCAUAAAGUAGUACAAAACACCACUCCUGUUUUUAGGUUGGUCUACUUUUAGGCUGAUAUCUACUUGCUUGAAGAUACUAGCUGAGUGAAAUGUUGGCAAAAGAACCUGAAGGAGCAACAGAUACAAAGCAAGCAGCACACAGAGGAAUGGAAGUUAAACAGUAAAGAGUCUGUUUUGGUGAAAAAAGAUGGGGAGCAGCAGCAUCAGAAGAAGAAGUGGAGUCUAGAAAAAGAGGAUAUGCUUGAGAUGAAAAGGAGGGAGAUGCGAUGAGAGGAGGAGGAGGAGGAGCAGAGGGCUGGGAUGAAGGAGAGAGGUGUUUGGAGAGAGGCUCAGGUGUGCGUGACUGGAAAACGGAGGAAGCAGCUCAGAGAUGAGCAGCAGCGUCUCUGGCUGUUUGACAUUGGACUAUCAGUGGUCUCUUUUCUCCGUGGUGGAAACACGCAUCACUGUUACGAAGCGAGGGGGCCGCAAGUGACUCAGAGACAUUGAGAUUCCAAUAAGGUUUAUGUAAACCUCCUCUCUGUCACCUGUUACUGUGGAGACCGUCUCAGCUUUGUAAUUGGAGGAGCUUGGAUUACAUUCAGCCAAUGAGUCUGAGCCCGGAAUUUCUUUUGAAUUGUUCAUGUUGCACUGCUACACCUGUCUCAGCUGCUGCACCCUAACACCAGGCUGAAGAGGAAUGCACUGAAACACAAUUUUUUUUAAGUUGUCGGAUGUGCCACCUGCUUUUGCUAUGGGAGGGAAAACUGCUUUUCGGACAAGUGGCUUCCAGUGACGGCUCGGCCCCGGCAAUCUGAGAUCCUCUUUUUUAUCAAGUCAGCGGAUCAAGAUGAUGCUUUGGCUGUUGCUGGUUUUGUGUGUUUGGGUUGGACCUGAGGAAGCUACUUCUGCUCAGUCCAGUGAAAGGCGAGUGGUAGCACACAUCCCCGGAGACGUCAUCAUCGGAGCCUUGUUCUCUGUUCAUCAUCAGCCGCCUGCUGACAAGGUACAUGAGCGCAAAUGUGGUGCUGUGAGGGAGCAGUAUGGAAUUCAGAGGGUGGAGGCCAUGAUGCACACGCUGGAUCGCAUCAACGCAGAUCAACACAUUCUGCCCAACAUCAGUCUGGGCUGUGAGAUCCGGGACUCAUGCUGGAACUCGGCCGUAGCUCUGGAGCAGAGCAUCGAGUUCAUACGGGACUCGCUGGUCUCUUCCGAUGAGGCUGAGGAGUGGGGUGCGGGAGGAGCCUGGGGAGGAGGAGGAGGAGGUGGCACAACAACGAUGAAAUGCACAGACCCUGCCGCAACUCCAAUGCGAGGGAAGAAACCAAUUGUGGGAUUGAUUGGGCCAGGAUCGAGCUCUGUGGCCAUUCAGGUCCAGAACCUGUUGCAGCUGUUCAACAUACCACAGAUUGCCUACUCUGCCACCAGUAUGGACCUCAGUGAUAAGAGCCUUUACAAAUAUUUUAUGCGGGUGGUGCCCUCUGAUGCUCAGCAGGCACGAGCCAUGGUAGACAUUGUGAAGAGAUACAACUGGAGCUAUGUGUCUGCCAUCCACAGUGAAGGAAACUAUGGCGAGAGUGGGAUGGAGGCAUUCAAGGACAUGGCAGCCAAGGAAGGCAUCUGUAUUGCUCACUCAGGCAAAAUCUGGAGCAACGCCGGAGAGCAGAGCUUUGAUCGCCUGCUGGAGAGGCUGAGAGCGCACCUGCCCAAGGCGAGAGUGGUGGCAUGCUUCUGUGAAGGCAUGACUGUCCGCAACAUCCUCAUGGCCAUGAGACGUCAGGGACUCGUGGGGGAGUUCCUACUCAUCGGCAGUGAUGGAUGGGCGGACAGGUACGAUGUGACAGAUGGCUUCGUGAGGGAGGCAGCUGGGGGUAUCACCAUCAAGCUCCAGUCAGCCGACGUGAAAUGGUUCGAUGAGUACUACCUUAAACUCCGCCCUGAGAACAACCAAAGGAACCCUUGGUUCCCAGAGUUCUGGCAGCAUCGGUUUAACUGUCGCCUUAAAGGUCAUCCACAGGAGAGCAACAAAUACAAUCAAACUUGUGGCAAGCGGGACUCUCUCCGGCACAAUUAUGCACAGGACACCAAGAUGGGAUUCGUCAUCAAUGCCAUCUACUCCAUGGCAUAUGGCCUCCAUAAUAUGCAGCAGGCACUUUGCCCAGGCUAUCAGGGUCUGUGUGACGCCAUGCGACCUAUAGAUGGUGCAACACUGCUGGACUUCCUGAUGAAGACUAACUUCACCGGUGUUUCUGGGGAAGGAAUCCUAUUUGAUGAAAAUGGAGACUCUCCUGGAAGAUAUGAAAUAAUGAAUUUUAAGAAGAUGGGGAAGGACUACUUUGACUAUGUGCACAUUGGUAGUUGGGAUAAUAGUGGCUUGAAGAUAGAUGAUGAUGAAAUCUGGUCCAGCAAAGACACCAUCAUUAAAUCCGUCUGCAGUGAACCCUGUGAUAAAGGGCAGAUUAAGGUGAUCCGUAAAGGAGAGGUGAGCUGCUGCUGGACGUGCACUCCCUGCAAAGAAAAUGAGUUUGUGUUUGAUGAGUACACCUGCCAGGCCUGUGAGCUGGGCUCCUGGCCUAAUAACGAUCUCACAGGCUGUGACCCAAUACCAGUGGAGUACCUGCGCUGGGGGGACCCCGAGCCCAUCGCUGCAGUGGUCUUCGCCUGCCUCGGCCUCAUGGCCACAUUCUUUGUCACAGCCGUCUUUAUUCGAUUUCGGGACACUCCAGUUGUGAAAUCCUCCAGCAGGGAGCUGUGUUACAUAAUCCUGGCAGGGAUCUGUCUCGGAUACCUGUGUACCUUCACUCUCAUAGCUAAACCCCAUGUCAUUCAUUGCUACCUCCAACGGUUGGGAAUUGGAUUAUCACCUGCCAUGAGCUACUCUGCACUUGUCACCAAGACAAACCGCAUCGCUCGGAUCCUGGCAGGAAGCAAGAAGAAGAUCUGCACAAAGAAACCUCGCUUCAUGUCUGCUUGUGCUCAACUUAUCAUUGCCUUUCUCCUCAUUCUGCUCCAGCUGGGCAUCAUUGUGGCUCUUUUCAUUAUGGAGACUCCUGAGGUGAUCCACGACUACCCCAGCAUCCGCCAGGUCAACCUAAUUUGCAACACCACAAACCUCGGAGUUGUGGCCCCCCUGGGUUACAACGGCCUGCUCAUCCUCAGCUGCACCUUUUAUGCCUUCAAGACUCGCAAUGUUCCUGCAAAUUUUAACGAGGCCAAGUACAUUGCAUUCACCAUGUACACCACCUGUAUUAUAUGGCUGGCGUUUGUACCCAUUUACUUUGGCUCCAACUACAAAAUAAUCACCAUGUGCUUCAGUGUCAGCCUCAGUGCCACGGUGGCCCUCUGCUGCAUGUUUGUACCUAAGGUCUACAUCAUUCUGGCCAAACCAGAGCGUAAUGUGCGCAGUGCCUUUACUACCAGCACAGUGGUGCGCAUGCAUGUCGGCGACGGCAAAUCGUCCUCUGCAGCGAGCCGCUCCUCCAGCAUGGUGAACCUUUGGAAACGCAGAGGCUCCACCGCAGAGACACUCAGCUCCAACGGUAAAUCAGUGUCUUGGGCGCAGACGGAGCGCACCACUUCACGGGGUAACCACCUCUGGCAGCGGCUAUCCUUCCACAUCAAGAAGAAAGAGAACAAUCAGACUGCAGUCAUUAAGCCCUUCUCCAAAACCUCAGAGGAGCGGUACUGCAGUGGGUCUGACCUGCCACUGCAUGUACAGCUCCCCUCCCUCCCCUCCAUGUCCUCCCUGCCCACUCAUCCCGACAGCAGCACCGAUAAAACCCUCUAUAAGCUGGCGGAGGUGGAGGAGCACUAUUCCAUUACGUAUCAGCCCCAGACGCCUUCACCAAUCAGCACAGUCAGCCAGAGGAUAGCAGCAAAUCUAGGAGACGAGCCUCAGAUGGCCUCUAUUCCAAAGUACUCCAGCAGCGUGGGCAGCAGCAGCAGUUGCGGACCGUCCAGCAGCGGCUCCAUUGCAGGUGGUUGCGACAACCGUUUGGUUGCCAUGGACGACCGCCCCCCUGUGGUGCCGAAUUCGCUGAUGGAUCAGAUCAGCUGCGUGGUCAACCGCUUCGCUGCCAACAUCUCCGAGCUCAACAGUAUGAUGCUCUCCCCCUCUCCCACGCACUCACACAAGCACACGCCCCCGUCCCCCCACCCGCCUGACCCCUACCUGUUACCCCGAGAGCUGCACAUGCCCCCGACCCUCACCACCUACGCCGAUGUCCAAGCCCUGUCCCCGAUGGAGUCCAGCCGGGGCGGCUGCCUCGUUCACCAAAUGCCAUGCUCCCCUUACCCCCACACUUCCCCCUCCCUCUCCCCCAUGCGAGGAAGCAUGGUGCCCUGUUUAACCGACCCCUCGUUAAGGAGGGAUGAACUGGAGGAGGAACUCAUUGCUUUGACUCCACCAUCACCUUUCCGCGACUCCCCUGCAUCUAGCUGCGGCUCCCUGAUCUCCGAGUCGGGUCUCUAUGUCCCCCCAGUCCCUUCCCACCCUCCGCCCUCCCCCCCUUCACCCAGGUACACUCGGCUGACACUCAGAAACUACAGCCAGAGCUCCUCCUCACUGUGAGGCAGACAUCAGGCAAGGUUGGUGGAAAACUUAGACUGAGAUCAUCUGAAAUCGACCAUGUAUGGAAAACUGAGGUCAAGCAGGAAAGUCACUAAGCACACCGCGCUGUGUUCACAUGUUUGCAGUGAGAAACAGGGUUAGAGGUGUUUCCUCGCCGUUAAAGACGACCACGGAGAUGUUGGGCGUCAGUGAUAGAGGCUGUAGGGGAGUGACAGCCUCUUUCGGUUGGGGAAGCUGCCUUAAGACGACUCAGCUCUCAACUAACUAGUGAUGGGAUGUUUUUGUGUUAGUGAGAAUGAGUGUUUGGCCUGUGUCAUCGUGAAAGGAAGGUUGCUGGAAAUUGUCAGGACGAGCGGCAGACUCAGCUUAUCAGCUAUCAGGGGCAAAUCAAGAAAAGAAAUUUGCUCUCAGACGCACAUGCAGUCGAUCACAGCACACCCUUACACAUCUAUUGUAAGCGAAAACAGUGUAAAUAUAGAGGUAUGUAUUUUUCUUCUCUGACAAAAUCCAACAUGCUUCUGACUAAAGUGCUUUGUGUGAACUUUAACAUACAAUACCUGUAUGUUAUGGUGAAGAACUACAUCAUGUUUUUUUUUCUCAGCUCUCUAACACACUUCCACCACCUCUCUGUCCUCCUUUCCGAUGCAUCCUUGUCUUUUCUUGACACUUUUCCUGUAUUUUCUACUCUUUUAACACAUUUCUUCAGAGGUUUGAAUGUAUAUUUUUUACAUGAUUCCUAAAGGAGUCGGGACCAAAUCUUUUUGUAGCUUUGUGUAAAGGGAGGGGUUGACAGGUCCAGGCCUUGUUUUAACGCAUCUUCAUUUCACUCAGUGAUAGGAAGUCUGACCUUAAAGCGUGUGGCAUUUACCUGCAUUUUUCAAGUCUCUGCUGGAUCCCAGUCGCAACAUUUUUAGAACAAUGUCUGCUUUGCAGUGGAGUCACAGAAAUCCAGGUUUCUGUGGACACUUACUGAUGGACUCAAGAUGGGAAAUAUCCUCUUUGCUUAGCCUUUUUGAAGGUCAGCUAUCUGCAUGUGAGUGCAAUAUUCUCCACUGUUUUUGAGACAAAACAACUUCAGAGCAACUCAAACUGAGCAUAUGUUUGUCAUAUGUUUGUCUCAAAAGACCAGAGUGUAGCAGAAUAACAAUAACAGCAAAGAAGAGCAAAAAAACAACAUCACCAACACAGAAUUUAGACAGAGAUCAACAAACACUGAGUCACUUUGCUGAGAGCUUGGUGAGACUGAAGGGAAAGUUAGAUUUCUUUCAUUGCUCUUAAUAUUUAGGAAAAAAGCCAAAUUCUGAAAAUUAACCUUAUGGUGACCAUGAAGUGCAAAUCACAUCAACAUAUCCCUCAAUGCAAUAAAUGAUUAAAGAUCACAAUUAAAAAGGCCAAGACGAAUAAUACAAUAAAAAACAUCACAUUUUAGGAACUAAAGCAAAAUUCCAGAAACAAGAAAGUGUAAAAACAAUGUUGCAAAAGUUAUAUGAAGCUUUAAACAAAUUAACUAUGAACUGAAAGCGGUAAUGCUAGGCUUUACAGAAGAUCAGUGAUUGGAUGAUGAUAUUUAGGUUUUGAAGAAGUGAGAAAGCAAAAGGAGGAUUUGCCUGAACUGUAGUAAAGACCAGAGUGAUCAAUCACUGAACUUUGCAGUCGGAAAAAAAUUCCAGGCCAAAAAACUUCCUGUUAAAAAGGUGAACAAGCAUUUUGGUUCGACUAUUCCGGUUUCUUAUUUUGUUUCAUUUUUAUUUUAUUUUAUUUAGAAUUCAGGAAAUUACUUUUGUUUUCCGAAACCUGUCGAUUUUAUUUUGUUAAAUCUUAUCAGGAAUUGUAUUUCUUGGUUUCUGGAAUUAAGUUUUAACAAGUUGACCGCUGAUGUAAACGCAGAUUUACAUUAUUCAAAUAAAGCAUUUUUUAUUUUUAUAAAUAUGAUGAACACACCUUGUUUUUCCCCCCUUUGGAAUUCACCAAAAAUAGUUGAGGUAGUUUUGUGCUUAUUUUAUUCUUUCUCAUCUUAAAAACAAAAAAAAUUGCAGCAUGAGUUUGUAAUUUGCAGAUGAAUUAAACUUAUAACAUUAAUUCUGUAGUUACAGACCAUGGACCUUAAAAUAACUCAUGAAUUGUAAUUACUCUGAUUUCUAUCUCGGAAAUCUUUAAAAAAAAAAGUAAACCUCUUAGUUAUGAUUGAAUGAUGUGACAACUCAAAAUUAUCAGAUUCUAUUUUUUAUUUAAAUUUUAUGUUGAAACAUUACAACUAACAAAUGGAGUGCAGUGUUGUCUUACAAAUUACUUUCGUAUUGUUUGUUAUUCACACAAACCUAUAAAAUAGUCUACACAAUAUCCAAUCGAACUGGCUUAGCAUACUACGUUCACUUGGCCCAUACCAUAUUAAGGGUGUCCUUCUGCACUUUAAGAAAAAAAGGCAACUUUCCCAUUAUACUAAUUCCUUGCACAAUGUUUAUUCCUUCAUCAGGUAUUGGUGGUCCAGGUUUGAACUCUCCUCAUUAGAGCCCAUUGGAUUCCAUUUUUAAUAUGGGUGUGGCAGAAUUGAUUAUAUUUGUCUUAAAGCAAAAAGGUGAAAUUUUUACCUUCAAUUGACUUCUGUGAGCAUUUUUGUUUAAACAAAACCAAAUCAGCAGUCAAAAUUCUACCUUUAUCCCAUUAAUUGAAGCUUCAUUCUGAUUGGACAAGAAUGUGAAGAAUCCCCUUUUUUUUCUCACCUUACCCUCAGCAAACCAAAAAUGUGUGAAUGCGCUGCUUUAAGGUCAACCAUGUCCUCGCGUCACAUUUCUGGAUUAAACCCACUGCAGGUAAUCGUUCUCAAAAGUAUACUUUUCUCUCCUAUAGCUUUACAAGCACUAAGAGAUCUUUGUUAAAAUAAAAGGCUUUUGUUUUAACAAUUUGUUUGAAACUGCUCAACCUGAAAUUGCACAUUGGCUAUUAAUGAAUUGGUACGCCUAUAAAGUGAAUGUAUUUAAGGUGCCAACCACUGUCGGAGUCUCAGCGGGAUGUAAAACCUACAAACAUUUUUGAUGAAACAAACGAAAGGCCUUGGCUUUGUGUCAGCUCCCUCCACAGAUAAAACCGAGUUAACUAAAUAUAAUUAAAAAAAAAAUCACUUCAUUCAAUUUGAAAGGAGUUCUCCUACUAAAACUUGUUAUUUUUUACAUUUCAAUCCAGGAGUUCAUCUUGGUUUCUCCCUGCUAGGAGUCAGAUUAGAGCACUGCAAUCGCAGCAGACUUCUUGUGUCUGAGAACCUCCAUAUUUUCAGCGUCAGUCUGCAAACGGCCAUCACCGGGUUUUUGUUUAGCCUCUGUGCUCCACUGUAGCCAGCAAGAACAAACUCAGAAAAGGUGACUGUAAAUAAUAAGGGCAUGCAAAGACACUUUGGUUUUGUUUUCAUAUUAAAGUCGGUUUAUUUACAUAUCAACAAAAGUGAAACUGCUGUUUUUGAGCUAUCCUAUAAAAUACUGUACCAAUACGUGUUACGACUAGAGAAACUGUGUUACUAAACUGAAUGUGUGAGUGACCAUUUCUAUUAAGAUGUCUAGUAACUGAACAAUAUAAUAACUGGUAUUAUGAUGAUUGUUGUGCCAAAAGGCUGUGAAGGUCUAGUUUACUAGGUUGUGGCUAAAUCUGUGGUUUUAUAUGAGAAAAACUAAAAAAGAAAGAAAAUAUGUAAAUAUAGUUUCUAUUGUUUUUGGAUAUUUUCUAUAUAAAUAUUCCACAUUUCUAAGUGUCAAAGCAAUAGUAUACAUGUGUCUAAAGGUGCACAUUUGGGGUUUCUUACAUCUUAAACUGUCAUUUUUUUCAUUCUUCCUUAACCUCCAGUGGACAAAUCAAUAGGGAUGGGUUGAGAGAUUUAACCUAUAUAUAAAAAAAUCUGUCUAUAUUUAAUGAAACUAUUGACUGAUUUCUAGUUUUGAAAAAAAUCUGAUUCUUAUUUGGAGCCCUUUGUUCCACCUCUAUCGGUUUUUCUCUUUCAUUAGCCGUUUUGCACACAGAAAGCAGUUAAGUUGCUGCGCUGUGGACCCAGUUGUGGUCAAAACCUAAUUAAGUUGCAGACACUGGCCCUCAAAUUGGCCUAGAUACAGUAAACACAAGCAAAACUUUAUAGAUAAUCAAUUUUUGCACAAAAAAGAAAAAAAAUCUUAAAGUUUGGAACACCUUGUCCAUUUUGUCUGCCCGAAAAUCUAUUUCUGUGUUCGCUCAUCAAACUCCAGGCUGAACUGUAAAUGUUUUAUUCCGUUGAUAUUUUUGGAGGAGGAGCUGGUUAAUGUGUUGCUUGUCCCUGACAGUGGCACAAAUGCUCGCUUCAGCACUUUAGCCUCAUGGGUAAAGCUGUGCGGUGGUGUGCUGCCUCUGCAGAAAAAAAAACAAAAAAAAAACAUCAACUCUCACAAGCUUUAUCUCUUUAAUGACUCUGACAUCACGGACCAUCUUAAUUUCAGUACCUGUCACCCAGCAUUGAAAUAAUCAUCUGCAUGAGGGCUGCAGUGACGGCUGGAGUUAAACAUUUAUCGACUUGUGGGUUUCAGACCAACUAAAGAUGAAACAUAUCAUUUAGCAGCGUUUUGAGAGACGCUGUAGAGAAACUGUAAGACAUGCGCUGCUGCUGCACUGAUAAUCUCCUCGCAAUCAGUUCAAACUAUUUUAAAUAUAGCAUUACUAAAAACAUAAACACUCUAACAAAUUGAACUGAUAAUCCCUGUGCUUUAUCAUAUUUCUAAUCCACACAGGCUCUCCUUUUGAUUAGAUGAAAAGAGAACAGAAAUGUCAAUUCUGUAGGUGAUUUAUCAAGUGCUCCUUUUGUCUUUUGCUCUUUAGACCUUGACAUUCUUCAUUGUUCUCUCUGACAUUUUACUAAGUUAGAAGAGUACAAGGAUGUUUUUGGUGUCAUGUUGUUGGAAGCAUUAGUCUUAAACAUGAGGCUAUCAAGUGGAAACAAUCGUGCACUUCAGCUCCUGUGAUAACUGCCUCACAAGUUCUGACGCAAAAGCAUAACAUCAAAUUUGUGAAAAGUUCCUCUCUUUGUCAGAAACACAAACGGUUUAUUUUGUGACUGACCCACAGAAAACGAGAGCUUAAAAUCCCAGCAUGGCGCUCUGUGUGACUUUUUGAAUUUGAAAUGUAAAGUCUUGAAGUUUUCUUGCCAACAGUUCAAAUAAAUCUUGAGGGCCAAAGCUCA